AUGGCGAAGGCGAAGGCUACGGCCGCGGUGGUGGCGGUGGCGGCGGGGGCCGGGGCGCGGGGGGCGCGGCGGGCGGCAGGGGCGGGGGACAGGAUGCGGAUGCCGGGGGGACUUCCUGUGCCGGCCCCCCAGCGCCCCCGCCCCGGCCCAGCCGCUUCCCGCACGGACGCACAGCACCGGAGGCCGCUGGUGACCACACCUCCCCUAGCGCAGAGGCUGCUGCCGGCGGGAAAUGCUGUUCCAGCACAGCCUGCUCCCCAGGACCCUGGUGGGAUCGCCAGGAUGGAGCUUGGCCCAACAACAAUGACCUUUGUGUUGGAGCUUCGAUGUCUUGAGGAUGGGGGUCCAGGGCCUGACACCCUCUCAGGUGGCAGUGGUGGGAGUGAGAGCCGGGAGGAGGAAGAGGCUCCGGAGGGGAGCAGCAGCCCACGGCCGCCAGCACUCGCAGCCCCAGUAGGGGCCAGUAACAGCAUCGAGGCAGUGCAGUCAGGACAACGGGACUUGCAUCUGCAACAGUUAGAGCAGCAGCGAGAGCUGGAACGACAGCCGCAGCACAAGGAGCUGCAAGAGCAGCAGCCUCCGCAUCAGCUGUUAGGAUCUCAGCCGGAAUUGCAGCAGCAGCAAGAUGGGCAGCAAGAACUACAGGAAAACUUCCAGUCCGAGCAUCAUCAGGAACCAAAACCACGGCUGCAGUUGGUACAGCAGCUGGGACUUGGACAAGAGCAACAAUUGUUGCAUCAGCAGCAGAUGAUGAUGAUGCAGCCCCAAGGCCAAGAGCAACAGCUGUUACAACAGCAGCAGGAACAGUGUCGACAGCAGCAAGUUCAACAGCAGCGACUCGUGCAGCGGCAAGAGUUGUUGCUGCUGCAGCCGCAAGUACAAGAACAACAACUUGAGCAGCAAGUGCAACAGCAACAGCUAUUGCAGCAACAACUGCAAGAACAGGCUUUGCUGCAGCAGCAGCCAAUGCAAGAGCAACAACAGUCACAGCAGCAGCUUCUCCAACAGCAGCAACUACUGCAAGAGCAGGGACAAUUGCUGCAGCAGCAGUUGCAGCAGCAGCAGUUGCAGCAGCUUGUGCAAGAACAAGCAUUGCAACAGCAAUUACAGCAAGUGCAAGGACAACAGCUGUUGCAGCAUCAUCAACAGGAGCAGUUAGAGCAGGAGCAGCUGCUCCAACAGCAGCUGUUGCAACAGCAGGGACAAUUGCAGCAGCAGGUACUGUUGCUGCAGCCACAGGGACAGCUACAGCAGCAGCUGUUGCUGCAGCAGCUGUUGCAGCAGCAGCAGACCCAGAUACAGUACCAACUAUUGCUUCAGCAAGAACAGUUGCAGCAGCAACAGUUGUUGCAACAUCAGCAGGAACAGCUGCAGCACCAGCAGCAUCUGCAGCCUCCUCUACUGGAGCCAGACAAGGGGGAAGAGGUAGCACUGGAGCUCCUGCCAGAGGACAUGGGGUCAGAGCAGGAGCAGCAGCGGCAGCGGCAGCGGCAGCGACAGCGGCAGCGGCAGCGGCAGCGGCGGGAGUUGGAGAGGCAGCAGGAGCUGGAGAGGCUGCAGGAACAGCAGCAGCUGAAGCUAAAACUGCAAGAGCAACUGCAUCAGCUGGAGCAGCACCUGGAGCAGCAGCAGUUGCUAGAGCAGCUGCAGCAGCAGCAGUUGGAGCAACAGGAGGUGCACCUGGAGCUGACCCCGGUGGAGCUGUACACUCAGCAGCAAGAGCUGCAGCUGGAGCUGACCUCUGUGCAGCCCGAGCUGCAGGUAGAGCUGGUGUCUGCUCUGGGAGGUGGCGCAGCGCCAGCUCCGGCCACCGUGGUGGUGGCCCCUCCAGGCUAUGUGGUGCUGCAAGAGCUCAUGGUGCUGCCCACUGUGGCCACACCCACUGUGGUGGCCAUCCAGGGCUCCACAGGGGAUGAGGCUCUGGCGCCCACAAAACAGCGGAGGAAGCGGCGAGGCAGGGACAGGCCGACCAUCUGCGGGGAGUGUGGCAGGGGGUUCAGCCGCAGCACGGACCUGGUGCGACACCAGGCCACGCACACUGGGGAGAGGCCGUAUCUCUGCAGCGAGUGCGGCAAGGGCUUCUCGCAGCACUCCAACCUGGUGACCCACCAGCGCAUCCACACGGGCGAGAAGCCCUAUGCCUGCACCUACUGCUCCAAGUGCUUCAGCGAGAGCUCGGCGCUCGUGCAGCACCAGCGCACCCAUACAGGCGAGCGGCCCUACGCCUGCGGCGACUGCGGCAAGCGCUUCAGCGUCUCCUCCAACCUGCUGCGCCACCGCCGCACCCACUCGGGUGAGCGGCCGUAUGUGUGCGAAGACUGCGGGGAGCGCUUCCAGCACAAGGUGCAGAUCCGCAAGCAUGAGCGCCAGCUGCACGGGGCAGGCCGCUCCCGAGGUCUGGGCCUGCUGCGGUCUUCCAGGCCAGCGCCCUCGCGAGCCUCCACAAGGGCCCAGAAAGCCUCUGUAUCCGGGAAGCCCUGAGUGGUGUGAGAGCCAUCCACACCUGGACCCUAGGUCAUGGUCUUAACUCCAAUUUGAGGUCUUUCUGGGUAUCUUGAAUUAUCCUUCGGAAAGGAAGACUUCCAUCUUUUCCCAAACCUGACCCCACAAUGCACCAAGUCCACAGAUUCACUCUUCCCCCAAAACCAUGCACAAGAGAACAUUUUCAUGUGGGUGAGAGGGACUACCGGAUUUUUCCUCCCAUCCUGGGAACAUUGGACUGAGAACUUGCCCAGUGGCAAAUAAUUUGUGAGGUUUGAUACGACCAAACACUAACCAGCAAAUGUAAUGUGCAAUGUGUGGGGGAGCUGGGAAAUGAAUGGAUCGUUCUGAAUACUUAAGGUGGAACUGAAAAGAGGGGCAGAUGGUGUAGCUCAGCUGGUUAGAGUGCUUUCCCAGCACAAAGCCCUGGGUUCCAUCUUCAGCAUCAUAUAAAUACGAACGUGUGUUGGCACAUGUAAUCCCAGCACUUGGGAGGUAGAGGCAGGAGGAUCAGAUGUUCGAGGUCAUCUUCAGCCACAUAGUGAGUUGGACAGCCUGAGUUACCUGAGACCCUGCCUAAAAAAACAAACAAAACAAAACAAAACAAAAAACAAAAAAAAAAA